AUGGAGAUCGCCAGUGAGCAGAGGUGGGGCGGCAAGGUGGCGCGCCUCCACGGGAAGGUGAUGAUCGGGAAGGUGCUGAUUGAGAAGGUAGUGCCAGAGUGGAACAGGGAGACGGUUGAGGACGAGAGAUCGGAAGGCGAAGACAGGGUCUCUUUCGGAAAGGGACGGGGCAAGGGGAAGGGGCCUGGCGAAGAGAGCGCGUAUGGUGAGAAGCCUCGGGUCGAGGGAGAGGCCAGGGGCGAGGAGACCGAGAGGGUCUCUAAUAGGAAAGGGUGGGUCGAGGGGCGCGCGAACGGUGAGAGGGGGUCUGACGAGGAGGGGAAAGCCAGCGCGCAGGAGGGCGCUCCGCGCCUGGAGAGAGUCCACAGCGAGGAGGGGCGGGGCGAGGGGCGGGGCCAGGAGACGGGGCGGGGCCAGAGGCAGGGAAAAGGCGAGGAGCCUGAGCGGGAAGAGCAGCUCGCUAGGGAUGGGGACACCGUGCAGGUUGAUAAGGAGCGAGUCAAGAAACAAGGGCGGGUCGAGGGACCGGGAAGGGGCAAGGAAUGGAAAAGGGUUGAGGAACAGGCCCCAGGCAAGAAACAGGAGCGGGGACAGAGGAAGGAAAGGGGUGCGGAGAAGGUCCGGGGUGAGAACUCCGAGAGGGGCGAGACCAAGGAUAGGACCCGGUUGCCGGGCAGGGUCCGAACGAGGAAAAAGGGGCGGAACGAAGAGAAGGGGAGAGGCGGGGCAAGAAAUGAAGUGGCAGCCAGGGGCAAGGGCAAGGGUGCGAUCCCAGGCAGCAAGACGGGGAAAAAGAGGAGGGGCUCGGCCACUGCAAGAAACAAUAACCGAGAUCGGGCGAAGAACAGGGGCGAAAUACAGAGAGGGGGCGGGGCCGAAAGCAAGGGCGGGACAAAGUUAAGGGGAGAGAUGAGGAGGCGAAGUGGAACGAGACGCGGGAGCAGGGCUGUGGCCAAGAGCCUCAGUGGGGUCAGGACCAGGAGUAAUAGCACAGGUGGGAUCGGCAAUAGAAGCAGAGGUGGGGCCAGGAGCAAGAGCAGUGGCGGAGCCAGAAGGAAGAGCAGGGAUGUGGCCAGGAGCCUCAGUGGGGCCAGGACCCAGAAUAAUAGCACAGGUGGGAUGGGCAAUAGGAGCAGGGGUGGGGCCAGGAGCAAGAGCAGGGGCGGAGCCAGGAGGAAGAGCAGAGACCUAGCCAGGAUCAAGAGCGGGGGUGUGGCCGGGAGCUUCAAUGGAGCCAGGACCAGGAGUAAUAGCACAGGUAUUGACCCUGGCGUUCUCCAGGUUCGAGCCACGUUGGGCACUGCCCAGUCAUGUCUCCUGCUGGCCUUGUAUGGCCAAGAGUCCAAGUCCCACGUGUUCAGCAUGCUGGUGGAUGCACCCAUUGACCCGCUUGAGAGAUACCUGGGCUUUCCUUACUACCUGGAGAUCAAGUACUCCUGCGAGGGCUUGACUUCUAAAGCCCAGGUCCGCAGAGGCCACCUGACAGGGUUAAAGCCCGUAGUGCUGGUCACCUUCCAGCCUCCAGUCAACUUCUACCGCUGGAAGAUAGAACGACUACAGAUCCAGAUGGAGGCAGCCCCCUUCCUCAACUCAGAUCCAUGCGUCGCAGAGGUGUGUGUCAUGAGCUGGUACACACCCAUGCCUAUCAAGAAUGGCAGCGUGGUCAUGUAUGUGGAUGUCAGCAGCAAUGGCCUGGGGCCCUUCAUUACAGAUAAGAGGUUCCAGAUGAAUAUCAAUGGCUUCUUGAAGAGAAAACGGGAAGAUAAUGAAAUCCAUUUCAUUGUGGGAGAUACGCUAUCAGAUCUGAUGCCCCAGGACUUUGUCAACAUCACGUCAAGCCCUCUGUGGUACACAAUAAACCAGUCACCCGUGCUCAUCCUGGGUGGCAUUCCCAAUGAGAAGUACAUCCUGCUGACCGACACCAGCUUCAAUGACUUCUCUCUCGUGGAGUUGAGCAUCGACAGCUGCUGGGUAGGCUCCUUCUACUGUCCCCAGACUGGCUUCACAGCAACCAUCUAUGACACCAUUGCCACUGAGAGCACUCUCUUCAUUCGGCAGAACCAACUCGUCUACUAUUUCACAGGCACCUAUUCCACACUCCACGAGCAUGACCGUGGCAGCGGCAGGUGGAUUCGUGUCCUGGCUAACGAGUGCAUCAAGAAGUUGUGCCCUGUGCCUUUCCAUAGCAAUGGCUCUGAGUACAUAUUGGCCCUCACCACUGGCAAGAAUGAAGGUUAUGUGCACUUUGGGACCAUCACAGAUGGCCAAGUGUCUUUCCAGAUGCUGCCCAAGGAUGAAUCCGUGUGUGCAAGGAUGCUAGCUGGCUCCUGCUCCAUAACCUGGGCCCUGUUCCUCGGAGACACAAAUGAACUACUGCUGCUGGUGGAGAUCGAAGGCCACGCCUCCCAACCGUACUUCCAACUGAUCAGAUACAGUCUAGCCACAGAUAACCUGGAAAUCCUCUACAACCUCCCAGAAUUUAUCCCUGAUGCUCGAGGCUUGGAGUUCCUGAUGAUAUUAGGGGUGGAGUCUUUUACCAGCACCCCAAUGAUCCCCAAGGGCUUAUCCUAUAACCCGUACUCCAGCCUGCUGUUCAUCUGGGGCAACUUCCUCCUGCUGAGCUACGACAGUGAAGACUUCAUCUACCUGGCAGACUUCCCCAAGGAACAGUUCAUCAAAUACCUGGUCAGCUCCUUCCGUGGGGACAUGGUUAUUGUCACGGAGAAUGAGGAGAUUUGGUACUACCAGGAGAGCAGCUACCGGGUGUAUCAGCUGUUCCCGUCCAAGGGCUGGGAGGUGCACCUCAGCCUGCAGUUGAUGCAUCAGUCCUCUGAAUACGCCUCCAAUACUACCAUGCUCACCCUCUUCUAUGAAGACAGCGAACUGUACCAGCUGGUGUACCUCCAAGAUGGCAGUGAGGGCCGGCUGACCAAGAGACUCUUGCCUGUGGAGAAGAUUCUGUCGUACCAGCAGUUAGAAAACCACUACCAGCUGAAGCAGCAAGGGAACUACUCAGCUCUGACCUUCACCAACCUCUGCCCCUUCACGGUGCUGAGGCUGCGGGAUCUGCCCAAACCGCAGAGAUUUACGCGCCAGGAGCGCUACCGCGCGCGGGCACCCUAUGUCUUGGACCUCUCAGGCUUCCACAGUGAGGACUCGCUAGCUGUCUACCAAGGCCUGGUCUACUACCUCCUCUGGCUACACUCCAAGUAUGACAAGCCUUAUGCAGACCCGGUGCACGACCCCACAUGGCGCUGGUGGAAGAACAAGAAACAGGACAAGGAUUAUUACUUCUACCUGGCGAGCAACAGGCGCAGUGUGGGUGGCGUGCACAUUGACAUGGACAGCUACGAAAAGAUUUACGACCUUAAGUCUGAGUCCAAGCUGCCCAAACACAUUUUCCUGGACAAGGGCACAGUAUACAGCUUCUCCAUCCUUUUGUCUUCGCGGGAGCACAAUUUCAAGGCGAAGCCAACUUUUGGAACGGCUUUCCAGGUAGAGAGCCAGUUGGAACUUGGCGUGGUGCUGGCCCACCCGCGCUGCAUCGAUGUCGAGGUGCUUCAGAAGGUCUUUAUUAAUCGCAACUCAGUGUUAUUCUCGAUUAAGAUCAAGGAUAAAAUGCUUUGCUAUGACCAAGGCCUUAGUGGACAUCACCUCAUGAAGACCUCCAUGACACUCAAGGUGGUGGGUACUUCCGGGAACUGCUUCAAGAGCACGAACGUGGGGGACAGCAUGCAAGGCAAUCUGAUGAUGCCAAUGUAUAUUGGCUGCCCACCUGGCAAGCGCCUGGCUUUCGAUAUCACCUACACCCUGGAGUACAGCCGCAUGCGGAACAAACACUACUUCGACUGCGUGCACAAGGACCCCGAGAUGCCCUGCUUUCUCUUCCGUGACAUGUUCUACCCCUUCUUCUUGAUUCAAGAUUUGGUGACAGGCGACUCGGGCAGUUUUACGGGAAGCUAUGUGCUGAAGGUGGUGGGCGGCGGGCCCACGCUGAGCGGUCUGAGGGACUACAGCGAGGAGGAAAUCUACCGCUACAACAGCCCGCUGAACAAGACAAACAGCCUGAUCUGGACCACGACGACCUCACGGACCACCAAGGACUUGGCCUUCCACAUACUGUCCUAUGAGAGCCAGGGCAUCGAGUGGCUCUGUCUGGAGAAUUCACCGUGCCAUGACACCAUUCCCCAAAGCAUCUUCGCCCCUGAAUUCUUCUUCAAGGUGUUGGUGAGCAAUAGAGACGUGGACGAGAGUACGUACUGUGACUACCAGCUCACCUUCCUGCUGCACAUCCAUGGGCUCCCCCUCAGUGCCAAGCGGGCCCUCUUCAUUCUCACUGUGUCCUCCAGCAUAUUUUUGGGCCUGGUGCUCCUCUACAUCAUCAUCUGCCUCCUGUGGCCCUACAUGAUAAAGGUCUGCAGCAUACUCCGCUGGAAGAUCAACAACAUGAUCACCUCAGAAUCCUACUACAGCUACGCCACUUCUAAAGUCUUCACCACACCACCUGGUUCCGUGGGAACCUUCAAGGAAGGACACCUCUAAAGUUCCCCACAAGGCAGGGGGAAAUAAACCCAAGGAGACCUUCAGGAGGAAGUUGCCAACCUGAGUCUCUUGUCGGUCCCAACCCCUAGCCACCCCCAAGCCUCCCCUACUAGGUCCAUCUUGGAAAUACAAUCUGUCCUCCAUCCCAGGCCUCUCUGUUUUGCUUGAAUAUUCAUUUCUCAUUCAGACCUAAAUAAAGUCUCAUUUC